AUGGCUGCCGUCAGAGCACAAAGAAGAUGUUUUCGCAAAAGAAAAGACUGUUUGGUAGAGUACAGUGACGCUGAACUAGUUGAGAGGUAUAGAUUUGAUUCAGCUGGUAUCCACUUUUUAGAGGGGUUGAUUGGUAAUGAACUUAUGAGUGGUUCACGCAGAAACUGUGCAAUUUCUCCACUGCAGAAAGUUUUAUUUACACUGAGAUUUCUAGCCACCGGGAAAAUGCAAUUGUGCAAUGGAGACGACAUGGGUGUCUCGCAGCCCACCGUUUCUAGGGCAAUUACUGCCACUCUUAGAUGUCUCUCUUCUCCACAAAUUUGUGCUCAGUUUAUAGAAUUUCCACUUAAUCUUCAAGAAAUUCGCAAAAAUCAAGAAGAGUUCUUCAAAUUCGCCGGGUUUCCGGGAAUUGUUGGGGCCAUCGAUGGCACACAUGUACAAAUUAUCGCUCCUUCUGAAUACGAAAACGAGUAUGUUAACAGACAUCAAUACCACAGCAUCAACACACAGGUCGUCUUUGAUCCAUUCCACAAGAUAAUUGAUGUCGUAGCGAAAUGGCCAGGGUCAACACAUGACUCAAGGAUCUUGAAUGAGAGUAGACUCAAGUCAUUGUUUGACCAGAACAGAAUCCCUCUUCACGCGCAUUUGCUAGGAGACAGUGAUGGCUCUUAA